AUGUCUUCAUCUCGUGUCAUUCGUCGACAACCUCGUGGUUCGAUUAACAAGAGGGCAUGUGAAAAUUGUCGAAGGUUAAAGAUUCGGUGUGAUGGAGAUUCGGAAAGAAAUGUCGAAUGCUCAAAUUGUGAAACCGGCACAUGCGUUUUCGAUAAGGCGCCUAGGCGAAAUCGCCAAGUUGAAAGAUUGAACAAUCAAGUGAAAAAUUUAGAGACCAACUUGGAAAGGAUUCGAAAUGAUUUUCACCAACAAGCCUCUAGAUCAGACCAUAUCAUCUCCAUAUUGAAGCAAGAGAAAGAGAUUCAGAGAUUACUGUUGAAUUGUCAAAGUUAUUUUCAAAGUUGCCAUGAACAUCAAAUAAUUUUUGAACAAUUAAAUCAAAUAAUUGAGAAAAGCCAAUGUUGGUCAAUUCUCUUGCCAUUAGUUAGAGAACUACUUAUUCGAUUGUCACAUAACACCACCGAUUCGGUUUCCAUCAUCAACGCGUUGAAGAUGAUUGCGGAAAACACCAUGAGGUUCUGUCAACCUGACUCUUCAAUUAAUGGGAUGACCCCUCCACCAGAACUAACCUCCACCAUCAUGAGCAACACAAAUCUUUAUAACAGUAAUAAUGCAAGCUCAUCGAGUGAGAUCUUGCAAUCCCCUCAAGUUAACGAUGGAUUGGAAAUUAAUGUGGCCCAAUCACAAUUUAGUUGCCUUCCCACAAUCUCACCAUUCUUUCCCAACUUGGAUAUAGGUGAUCUUUCGUCUCUUUAUUUAAAUGAUAUGGAAUGA